GCCAUUUUUAUUAGCAUUUCUCUACCUGUCGGCGUUGCGCUUGGAAAAAGUUCCCAUAACUUUUCCUAUACAAAAAAAAAUAUAAAUUGUAGACAGAAAAAUAUACAUAAUUUUGUGAGAACCUUUUAAUAAGCAGACUGCAUAAGUGCUAAUAACUCGAAUUCUGAUAUAUUGUACGAUAUGAAGAGUGAAGGCAAUGAGAAUUCUAACGAUAGCCGGGAGAAGGAACGCGAUCGACGAGGUCGUGGAGCACGUGCGUCAAGAUUCUCGGACGCUGAAGCCGGUGGUGCUGGCAGCGGUGGCGGCGGUGGAAGUACCAACUCUGGUGGCAAUGCUAACCGUGAUCGUAGCCGUGAAGGUCGCAAUUGCCGCGUUUACAUAUCAAACAUCCCCUACGAUUAUCGUUGGCAAGAUCUGAAAGAUUUGUUCCGUCGCAUUGUGGGGUCAGUUGAAUAUGUAGAAUUAUUCCAUGAUGAAAGUGGAAAAGCUCGCGGAUGUGGAAUCGUCGAAUUCAAAGAUCCCGAUAAUGUCGAAAAAGCUUUGGAAAAGAUGAACCGCUAUGAGAUAAAUGGCCGAGAAUUGGUAGUGAAAGAGGAUCAUGGUGAGCAGCGGGAUCAGUAUGGUCGUAUUGUACGCGAUGGCGGUGGGUCAUCACGAGGAGGUGGUGGUGGUGGCGGCGGCGGUGGUGGCGGUGGAGACAUGGGUGACCGCGACAGAGGCUUCUCUCGCCGCGAUGAUGACAGAUCUGGGCGUAAUAAUUUUAACAUGAUGUCCAAUGAUUUUAAUAAUUCAUCGAAUUACAAUUUGUAUGGGCUUUCUGCUUCGUUUUUGGAGAGUCUGGGCAUAAGUGGACCUUUACAUAAUAAGGUUUUUGUUGCUAAUCUGGACUAUAAGGUCGAUACAAAGAAACUCAAACAAGUUUUCAAACUUGCUGGCAAAGUACAGAGUGUGGAUCUAUCCGUUGAUAAAGAGGGCAACAGUCGCGGUUUCGCUGUUGUGGAAUACGACCAUCCGGUAGAGGCUGUUCAAGCUAUUUCUAUGCUCGAUCGUCAGAUGCUCUACGAUCGUCGUAUGACUGUACGUUUAGAUCGAAUUCCGGACAAGGGUGAAGGAUUGAAACUACCCGAAGGCUUGGGUGGCGUUGGCAUUGGACUUGGUCCGAACGGCGAACCAUUGAAGGAUGUUGCUCGCAACUUGCCAAACAUUAUUCAGCAACAGCAAAAUCAACCAACACAGCCGUCGAUGUCGUCGCAAGGUGGUGGUGGCUCAAAUAUUCUCGGAAAUAUGGUGGCCUCCUUGGGUGGUGGUGUGGCUGGUGGUGUUGGUAGUAGCGGCAUGUUCAACAAUCAAUCUGUACAACCAUCUCCUGUUGCGCCAGUCGUACAGGCGGCUGCCAAGUCACUGGGUACAAAUACAGCUGGCCUCAAUUUAAGUAAUCUAUCAACAACCAAUUUGGCGGCUUUAUCGAACGUGGUUGGCGGUCUCGGAGCUGCACUUUCCAAUCCACUGCUUACGUCGUCUUUGACUAAUCUCGGUUUGAAUUUGGGGCAAUCGGGUGGUGGCAAUGAUGAUUCCAUGUCGUCAGCCAACGCAGCGUUAUCCAACAACUACAGUACUGUAGGCAACAACUACAGCUCCGGUUUUGGUGGAUCUUCUGGUUUUAACUCGGGCAAUGCCGGAAAUACUGGUGGAGGUGGCGGCGUUGGUUUCAACGCAUAUAACACGGGAAGUGGUAACACUGGUGGUGUUGGAGGUGGCAUGGACAACGACUACAGCGGUGGUGGCAACAUGGACAUGUAUGGCGGAGGCGGCAGCGGCGGUGGUAAUGCAGGCAAUGCUGGAAACAAUCCACGGAAGUCAGACACAAUUAUAAUAAAGAAUGUACCACUAAGCUGCACCUGGCAAACUUUGCGUGACAAGUUUCGUGAUGUAGGUGAAGUAAAAUUCGCCGAAAUUCGUGGAAAUGAUUUGGGAGUUGUACGUUUCUUUAAAGAGCGCGAUGCUGAGUUGGCUAUUGCUUUGAUGGAUGGUUCUCGUAUGGAUGGAAGAACGAUUAAAGUUACAUACUUUUAAAUUUGGGAGCAACUUAUAAUUUCUUAAUGCAUCUAAGGAAACUUACAAUAAACAAUAUCGUGUAGAUUUCAUUUUUGAAAACACUAAAAAUUACACAACAUAUGCUUACGUACAUAUUUUUUUUAUUAUGUUAACAAGCAUGUGGGACUACAUGUAUUAUUUAUAUAUAUUUUUUUAAUAAAAUAAAACCUUUGACAUUAUUGACGAAGUUGUGAACAUUGUAGAGCCAACAAAAAACGUGGUAAUGCGGGCUCAGUUCUGCUCGUUCAUAUACCGAUAGCUUACUUCCAUUGUCGUUUAAACGGGAAAACAUGAAAAAUUGUAUGUAUGACGAUGAAUAAAUCUUAAAAAUAGUA